GCAAAGCGUGCGCGCCACUCCUGGAAGUAUAGCCGCACGCGUGAUGUGUGGGACAUAAUGGUGGAUAGGUAGGGAAGCCUGCACAGCUCGGUACGAGUUGCUCCUCACCUGCUGACCAUUACAUUAUUGCUGACUCCUCUCCCGGUGUGUGUGGUUGUCUCGGACCCCGUCGCUCCCUCUGACUCGACAGCUGCCACUGAACGACGACCUGGAGCGCAACAAAAUGCCGAAUAUCAAAAUAUUCAGCGGUAGCUCACAUCCGGACCUGUCUCAGAAAAUAGCAGACCGCCUGGGUCUGGAGCUGGGGAAGGUUGUGACGAAGAAAUUUAGCAACCAAGAAACCUGCGUGGAGAUAGGGGAGAGCGUGCGUGGGGAGGAUGUCUACAUCGUGCAGAGUGGCUGUGGGGAGAUCAACGACAAUCUGAUGGAGUUGCUGAUCAUGAUCAACGCCUGCAAGAUUGCCUCUGCCUCCAGGGUCUCUGCUGUCAUCCCCUGCUUCCCCUAUGCCCGGCAAGACAAGAAGGACAAGGUGGGGAGCCGCGCCCCUAUCUCUGCCAAGUUGGUGGCCAACAUGUUGUCGGUAUCAGGCGCUGACCAUAUUAUCACCAUGGACUUGCACGCCUCACAAAUACAGGGAUUCUUUGAUAUUCCUGUGGAUAAUUUAUAUGCAGAGCCAGCUGUGCUGAAAUGGAUCAAAGAGAACAUCCCUGAAUGGAAAACCUGCACCAUUGUUUCGCCAGAUGCAGGAGGAGCCAAGAGGGUCACCUCCAUAGCAGACAGAUUGAAUGUGGACUUUGCCCUUAUUCACAAGGAGAGGAAAAAGGCAAAUGAGGUGGACCGCAUGGUUCUCGUUGGAGACGUGACGGAUAGGGUCGCUAUUCUGGUGGAUGACAUGGCUGACACAUGUGGAACAAUCUGCCAUGCUGCUGACAAACUCAUUUCUGCUGGUGCCACCAAGGUGUAUGCCAUCCUAACCCAUGGCAUCUUCUCUGGCCCAGCUAUCUCACGCAUCAACAAUGCCUGCUUUGAAGCUGUGGUGGUCACCAACACAAUCCCUCAGGAGGAGAAGAUGAAGCAUUGUCCCAAAAUACAGGUUAUUGACAUCUCCAUGAUCCUUGCAGAGGCCAUCCGUAGAACUCACAACGGCGAGUCUGUGUCGUACCUUUUCAGCCACGUCCCCUUGUAACAAAUGAUGUCUCCCAUCCACUGAGCGCUGUUACACCAAAUAAGAGAAGAGGGAAUUCUCCGACCCAAACACAACCAUUAGCAAAGAUGUUAUGCUAACUGUGGAAAACAAAAAAGAAAGAAUGAACUGUCAUGCCUGUUAGUACUAACUCUGACCCCCUCACUUAAGUCCCUUCCCCAUUGAGCAGUGUCCCUUCGUGUCUGGGUACCAAAGCAAUCGCAAGCUACCAAUUUAGGCCAGCAUAUUUAUUGUACUUGGAUAAAUAGGUGUUUAUCCACUGUGAACUUUUGCCCCCCUCCUCCAUAACAUUUAGGUACAGAGUUUCUCCUGACCAUUUCACCUCUCCAGAGGGCUGUACUACGAAGAAAGUUAGACAGCCAGGGUUUCUUUGACUUAGCUGGCUCGACAAAGCCUGAAACCCUGAUCAGAGAUAACGGGAAAGGCGUCAUCAACUUGCUUUGAUGACCCAGGUUUUCUUCCACACACUCCUUAGCUGAACAAAAUGGACCCAUUGCAUGCUCCUCACUUACGCCUAUUAAUAUCAAAAAAGGUUACAUCAAAAAGCAACACCGUUUCUGCAAAAGAGGAAUUUAUUUUCCCACUCGAUGCCGACCGUUUAUUUUUAACAUGACAGCUGCACAUCUUAGAGUUCCUAAACUUUACACUGGAGGCAGCAGAUUUAAACAAUAUACUUUUAUAUACCUCAUAUACCAUAAUGAAGGAUAUAUAAUGCCUAUUGAUUACUACCUUUUCUUAUCUGUGUUAUAUAAACUGCAGUACCCGCAGUGUAAAACGGACUUAAGCAAAUCAGGGCACAGCAUAAAAACAUCCAAUGUGGUAAUGUAAUGAUUGGAAGGAAUUAUACUGCAUUUCAUAUGCAAGUAGAGGUCAUACUGAUGAAUAAUUUAGUUAACUGUUAUGGAUGCUGUGGCUUUUCUUCGCGCCAAUGUGGGGGAAAAGGCCAGAGAACAAUAGAAACACAUUUGUAGUCCACUGAGAGCAGAAACAACAUUGUGACUAAAACAAAACUAUAUUCUAACUCAGAUUUUCUGCAUCUACAGCUGAAUGCAUAUUGGUUCCUGUGGCAACGCGAUGCCCACAGUUUAUACUGCUGUAAUAGCAUGGCUGUGUUCAGUUUCAUCAAUAACGUAUCGUUGUGCCUCAACAAGUUUGCAUAUAUGAGGUAUUCCCUCGGAUGAGGAUCUCUAUCUGAUGGAUUGAUUAACCACGACGGUGUCACUAUUCCCAAAAGGUUGAUAAAUGAAAGGUCAUUUUGUUUAUAGCUAAUUUCAAGCUGAAACUGAACCAAAACUGGUCCUUAUGUUUGCAGCAAAUCUUACCAUGGCGAUCUAGCCAAGUUAAAAGCGAGCCCCAUGGUAACGAGGAAAUGUCUUGCUUUAGGCACAACAUACCUUGCUAACCCACUAAUCUCGCUUUGUGGUACAGCCCUCAGGUUUCAUUUCAAUCAAUGGUCCAAGAGCUUGUAUAAACAUCCCUGGCAAGUUCCAGUGGUCAGGAGAAGCAUCUGCCAUAUAAAGCUGUUACAAUGAACGAGUGUAGUUUUUCAUGUUGCUCCUGUGUUUUCUGCUGUCUGCAAAGAAUUUAACUGAUGAAGUGAAUGUGUAUUGAACUAGUUUACAGUGCCACUGAGGCUCCACUCAACUCAAGAGUGCCUCAGCAGUCUGAAGUGGGAUUACUUUUUUUUUUUUCCUCCAGUCCCCCCCUCCUCCUAUUUAGCUGUUUAUUUUUGCACUGGACCGAGAACUUUCUUGUGUCUUAUCAGGCAGUAAAAGAUGUUCUGGGAUGUUUCUUUCCACUUUUGAGGUGCCCUCCAUUGAGUGGGGUUUUCCCAGUGUCCAGGGGUAGGUUCUACGUUGAGCUUUCUAUAGAGAAGCUGUCGGGUUUUAGUUUGGGGUCUCUGCAGGCUGGAGCUUCCUUAAGAAAUGUUCACCUGCAAUUUUUAUUUUAUUUUUUUUGCACCCUUUUUUUUUUUAUUAUUAUUUUUGUCUGGAGGAAAGAUUUGUUAUGAAUGUGCAUCUCCAAACCUUUUGUCUUUUACUUUUUCAGUAGGGUGAAUGCACCGGUUAUCUGUGGAUGCGUUCUUAAUAAAAUGAAAUAUGCCUAAAAUCUUAAACCUGGCACUUGUUUUGUUUCUGGAAUUGGUGUAUCUUACAUUUAAGCAUAUAACACUUUAUUAUCGCAUGUAAGCUCAAUAUGAAAAAGUUAAAUACAACCAGGAUUAUAGAUAGCAUUUGUAUUGUUUAUUUAAAACAAUACAAUACAUUGUGUUUGCUCAGUUAAGGCCUUUGUGUUCAGGCUAGCUCUUGCUCUUUCAUAAAAAACAAAUGUACAUGCUGUAUGUUUUACCGGUUUUAUCUUUGAUUACUGGCACUAAUAAAACGGUCAGCAUAGAGUCAGGAAGCACGCCAUGCAUUAACAAUCCAGAAAAACACAAAGCAAGUAAAACUGGAAUUCUAUGGCUAGCAUGCUUCAGAUGUUCGUCUGCUAUUUGGUCACAUGCUUUGUUCCCUGCCAAUUUCACAAUGACAUAGCAGACUUCAGCAGGUCAAAUAAACACACCACCAUUAUAAGUUACAUCACCAACAUUAAAUUCAUCACUCUAAACACUGAUUUAAAAAAACAAAAACACUAUAAUGUGUACUCUACAGAUCUGCAAUAUUUAGCCCCAUAAAUAGUGGAUAGCAAUGGGCAUUUUAAUGUUAUUGGCAACCUUAACUUCUUUCCAGAAAUCAUAGACAUGAUUCUGCUGAAGCUUUUUUCACCAUGGAGUUUGCCCUCAUGGCCAGAUCAUUUAUUUGAAUAAAGCGCCCAGCAUAUUUCAA